ACAGUGGGACAGCCAGAGCACAGCGAACAGCUGAAAUGAAGAGUGAGCGGCGUAGUGUGCCUAGCCUCUGGAUCUAAUAUCACCUACCUGCCCUUGUCACUCUGGUACUCCGCACAGCUUGCGGUAUCAGCCCGAGAUACAUAUUUGCUCUUCCUUCAAUCAAAACGCCGUUGCAUUUUCAUCCAACGCGAAUAAUGCUAGGUUUCUUCUAAAUACAUUUUAAGCCGUUUAAACAACUUUUUUUAAACAUUAAUUUGCCAGAGGAGACGUGUUGCUGUGAAUCUUAACACCACUGAUUCCCCCUUUUCUCUAUCCGUCGGACGUCUCUCUUUUUUUGCUUGCACUGAGGGAACUUAAUCCGCCUCUGACAGCGAGUUUUGCGCGCUAUCCUAUUCAUAUGAACUCUAUGAAGGAUCCAUUGAAUUUGGACCAUCAUCACCACCACCACCUAACCGGGACUAAACUCUCCUCCACGCACCACACGGCACUAGCAAUGGCCUCUAGUCUGCAGCCGUUGCAGCGGUCUGUGGACUCCAAACACCGGUUAGAGGUGCACACAGUAUCAGACACCUCCAGUCCGGAGUCCGUAGAGAAAGACUCAAAGGGCCAGAGCAAAACUGACGACUCUUCAGAUGAUCCUUCUAAAAAGAAGCGACAGCGGCGACAGAGGACUCACUUCACAAGCCAGCAGCUACAGGAACUGGAGGCCACGUUCCAGAGGAAUCGCUAUCCGGACAUGUCUACAAGAGAGGAGAUAGCCGUGUGGACCAACCUCACAGAGGCCCGCGUCAGGGUGUGGUUCAAGAACCGGCGAGCAAAAUGGAGGAAAAGGGAAAGAAACCAGCAAGCCGAGCUAUGCAAGAACGGCUUCGGUCCUCAGUUCAAUGGACUUAUGCAGCCCUAUGAAGACAUGUACCCCAGCUACACAUACAACAACUGGGCCGCCAAAGGGCUAACUUCGGCCUCCUUGUCCACCAAAAGCUUCCCUUUUUUCAAUUCCAUGAACGUCAACCCUUUGUCAUCGCAGACGAUGUUCUCCCCGCCCAACUCCAUCUCUUCAAUGAGCAUGACCUCCAGUAUGGUGCCGUCCUCGGUUACUGGCGUGCCCGGGUCGAGCCUCAACAGCCUCAAUAAUUUAAACAACCUUAGCAACCCCUCUCUGAAUUCGGGAGUUCCCACGCCAACCUGCCCGUACGCCCCGCCGACCCCUCCUUAUGUGUACAGGGACACUUGUAACUCCAGUCUGGCAAGCCUGAGACUGAAAGCCAAGCAGCACUCGAGUUUUGGAUACACCAGUGUUCAGAAUCCAGGCUCAAAUCUGAGCGCGUGCCAGUACGCCGUGGAUAGACCAGUGUAAUACCUGAGAAUUUCACGAGCCCCAGUCAGAGGAACGAGAGACUACUUCUUUUUUUUUCAGAAGGGCACUAGAAUACUAAACCACCGAAACCCGCGAUGGAGUUUCAAACUUAAACGGAAGUAAUUAGGCUUUUUUUCCAAUCCUAAUUAGAAUUUUGUUCUACAUCGGCGAGUGGAGAAUGUAUGAUACUUUACUUUCCACGCUUGUUUAUUUUGAGGUUUCUAAUUUUGGACGUUAAUUGACUGAAAGGUUGUAUAUAUAUGGAAAUAUCAUCUCCAGUUUAUUGAGGCGAAUGCUGUUGCUCUCCAGUUUUCUCAAGGUUAAAUUUAACAAAGCAUGUGAAAACCCUAAAGGAAUAAUGUUUUGCUUGCAAACAAGGGAAUGUACAUACUAAACGCACCAGUUGUGUGUUUCUAACAUAUUAUAAAUUUAUUAUUAAAUGUCUGUGUGAAUAUCGAUUUAGAGUAGCAAUCUUGCGUAUAAAAAGACGCAUCAAAUGUUCCUGCGAAAUUAAAUUGGUUUUGCUCUGUGUAUACUAUUUAGUACGGAAUUUUGUUUCGUUUUUUUUCAACAAAAAAAUAAAUAAACUAUUGUGUUUUAUUUAAUGGAAGUAAAAAUAUUGUUCAAAACGUUUUGUUGAGGAUUUUUGUGCUGAUCCAAGUGUUAGUGUGAGUUUUGUCGAGUCUAUAGUGCAGGGAAUGACAGUGUGUCUAUCGGGGUUCGAUUAUGCUAGCUACUAGGUCUACUAAUCUAAAGCGAAAACAAUGGCCCUCUCCAAUACACAUAUGAAUCGAGACGCAGGGAGAUGCACGGGUGGAGAGGGCGAGAUGCCCCGCCAGAUUAACUGCUGAAUACAUGUCUGCUUUUUAGCCAAGGACCCGGAGUGAUCACUGGUGCUUGAAAUAACACUGGAAUCAACAAACUGGAAUUGGACCACACAACAAAGGCCCGAGCUCAUUACCUUCUGACACAUAAUAAUCACGAGUGCUAUAUAUAGCCAAACAAUGAGCAGCACUGGACGUGUAAGAUGCGCCUCUUGAUGCAGUGGAAAGUGAUUAUAGACUUACAUAACAUUCUAUAUCACAAAACAUUACCAUAAUCAAUAAUACCAAUACAAUGUUAGCAUCUUGUUUUUAUUUUGACUUGUGCAAUGUUCUACGAAUCUCUCAUAAACACAACGAUUAACUAUUGCAAAACUAUUCUCUAGCCUAUUGAGAGAUUGGCUAUAUGACAGGCCUAUGGCGUCGUGUUCUGGGCGUAGAUGUUCAUAUUGUAAAUAUUUUCACUUUUGCAAUAUUUGUUGUGCAGAUCUACAACAAUCUGUAUUUUCAAUUAGAUAACAACACCAAUCAUAAUAUCAAUAACAAUUGGCUAACAAUGACUACGAUAAUAACAAUGUUAUACUUGGCUGAAUAGUACAUUAAACAUUUUUAAAUGUG